AUGCGAGCUAAAUUUGUGAUCGCACAAAAUCAAGAUGUUAGAUUGAUGCAGAAGAUCACUCCGUUCCAAAGGGAAAGUUUUCAUCUCACGAGUUUGGAGCUGAGGGCCGGCGGGGCAGGCAAAGGUGGUGGAGAAGAGCCCGGGAAGCUGCCAGAGCAGGCAGAGGAAGAAUCCCAGGUUUUGCACGGAACUGGCCACUGUAAGUGGUUCAAUGUGCGCAUGGGAUUUGGAUUCAUCUCCAUGGUAAACCGAGAGGGAAGCCCCCUGGACAUUCCUGUCGAUGUAUUUGUACACCAAAGCAAACUAUUCAUGGAAGGAUUUCGAAGCCUAAAAGAAGGAGAACCAGUGGAAUUCACAUUUAAAAAAUCUUCCAAAGGCCUUGAAUCAAUACGGGUAACAGGACCUGGUGGGAGCCCUUGUUUAGGAAGUGAAAGAAGACCUAAAGGGAAGACACUACAAAAAAGAAAACCAAAGGGAGAUAGCAUUUUGACUGCGACCCGUCACAUUGAGGUCAGAUGCUACAACUGUGGCGGCCUUGAUCAUCAUGCUAAGGAAUGUAGUCUACCUCCUCAGCCAAAGAAGUGCCAUUACUGUCAGAGUAUCAUGCACAUGGUGGCGAACUGCCCGCACAGAACUGUGGCACAGCUGCCCGCCAGCUCUCAGGGAAGACAGGAAGCAGAGGCCCAGCCAUGCACGUCGGCCUUCCCUCGAGAAGCGGGAGGAGGCCAUGGCUGUGCAUCACCGCCGUUUCCUCAGGAGGCGAGGGCCGAGACCUCAGAACGGCCAGGCAGGUCACCUCAGGAAGCCUCCGCAAAGUUGUCUGCAGCACCAGAAGAGCAGAACAAAAAGGGGCCUUUGGUUCAAAAAAGGAAAAAGACUUAACACUUCGUAAUGUAUCGUUUUCUUUACCCAGUUGGGAAGUCUACCUCAUGCAAGUUUAGGGGAACAGUAUUUCACAAAUAUCAGUUGAUCUGGGAUUUUAACUACUGUUGAGGAACUGUGAAUUUUUUAAACAGACAAAUCACUCUAAGCAAAUUCCAUUUGAGCAGGGUGUCAUGUGUUAACAUUUCUCAGAGUAAGAUACUUGUAUGUCCAUAGGUGCAUGUAUGAGAAGGGGUGAGCCUGAGUCUGUGUGUGUGUGUGUGUGUGUGUGUGUGUGUGUGUGGAUGAGGAUUUUACAUAGGGACACAUAUAUAAAGAGGGUUUGUCUUUGUAUAUGUGUGUAAGUAAAAGCACACACCCUCCCUCACAUCAUCGAUCACCUCCAAGAACUGAAACCGCAUGUGAAGCAUUUUAGAUGAUUUUGAAAAUAACCCCUCGAUUUUUUUUCUUAAAAUACCACUUCUUUUCUAGUAUAUAAAAAUAAAACAUGACUGUUAUCUUUUGUGUGAACCAAAGGAUACUUCAGAUCUCAAAGCUGCCAAUCAUAGGGUACUAGGUAUUUAAGUCAUCCCGUUCUGAGUUUCUCGCCUCUUUUUCUUGAUAUCUGCGGAGCGGUAUUUUCGUUUUCCUGUUGAAGGCAGUACUGAAACUCCAUAUGCCUCUGACUGCCAUAAGCUUUUUUUCAUUCUGGAAUACAUAGCUCCAGAAAAGACAAUGAAUGUGUAAUUCCUGUGCCGAUAUUUCAGUGUUUUUAAUUCUGUGUUUUGAUUGUAAAUUAGAUGCCUAUUAAGAGAAAUGGAGGGGGGGUAAUGUAUAAAUGUAGUGACCUGAUUGUUCCCUGUGGUAUUUUGAUACCAGCUCACUGUAGUCUUCUGCGUGUUGUGAGGCGCUUUAAGGGUAGUGGCAGCGGCAGCCUCCCUUGAUUCGGUCAGUCCUCUAACCGUCACUCAGAGCAGGAAGCCCUCCUGACUUACUACUGAAGACCUGAGAGGAAAACUCCAAUCAUUUCGUGUCUAUUUUUGGUGACUGUUUUAAUUCCUCCUGGAGAGUUACCUAAUUUGUUUCUAAAACAAACGAAAGCAGCAUGGAACUGAAUAAAAUACUGGGGUUGAAAAUGGAAAUUAUGUGGCACUACCCACAACUGCCCAAUACACAUGACCUGUGAAUGAUACUAAAAAGCGCAGUGUUUGGUGGGACGCUACCAGUGUGACCAAUCCGGGUACAGGUACCAAGACCCACCCACCAGCUAGCUAGGAGUAUUUGCUACGAUAAAAUUGCUCUCACGGGAGUUACUGCAGUACCUGUGCUGAAGGAGCCUGGAUGGAACUUUCAGGGUGACCGUUCAGUGCUGGGAUAGAGAAUCUUCC